CUUGAGCAGCACACUGGAUACUGUUGUGACGGCGGAACGCAGUCUCUGGGUGAACGAUAGCACAGUCAGCAUCGAAACAGUUAAUGGUAGUUAGCGUCAGUUGCUCUGACAAACCCUUGGAGGAGUAACAAGUGUUUACUGUUAGGAAGUUCACUUUUAUUUUGUUUUCAUACGUCAAAACUCCUUGGCGACUUUGGCUCAACUUGGAAUAAGUAUAUUUUUGUUCAAAUUAAGUUUGACACCUUUUAACGAACAUUGACGCUCAGAAUUAAGAGCACGGACAUCGUUUAAAAUGUGCUAAACUGGAACCAGUCGAGCGGAUCGUCAGGAUGUCAGAACCAGCGGAGCAGACCCAUCACCUGAAAACUUCAGGCAGCCCAUCAGGUGGGAGCAGCGGAGAGGCUUUGGAGCAUCUCCCAGCCAGCAACCAUGGCGGACCAGAGAACGGCGAUAGGGGGCGACAGAGAGUGCAGAAGCAGCAGCAGCAGCAGCGGGCGCAGAACUGUAGAGAUAUCAACACAGGCAAGUUAUGGCAAAUGAAAGGCGGACAGAGGAAGGUGUGUCCCGCUCCAGCAGCCGGAAACGACCUCCAGAAGUGCCCGGUUUUAAGUCAGCCCCAUGGCGACAACAAUCACGCCCCGCAGGAGAAAAACGGGGAAGACACGCCGCUAGAGGAGACUUUUAACCGGGUGCGAGAGGACAGUUUGCACAUCGACUCCGACACCGGCUUAGAUGCGCGUCUGGGCAGAAAGAGGCACAGGCGCAGGACCUCCAAGAAGAAGCGCACCUGGAAACCUUACAACAAACUUUCCUGGGAGGAGAAGAAAGCCCUGGAAGAGAAAGAGACUGCCAGGGCUUCACGGAUGAGAGAGGAGAUGUUCGCGAAGGGACUCCCGGUUGCCCCUUACAACACCACUCAGUUCCUGAUGGACGAGCACGACCGGGAGGAGCCGGACCUCAACACCGAGACCGGGGCCAGGCGGUCUUUGGGGGUCGGGGGGCGCAUGGAGGACACCGGCAGCGAGGAGGACCUCUUCGACAACGAGGAGGAGGACGACGACGACGGCAGCGGCGGAGGCAGCGACGGCAUCGGGAGGCCCGGGAACGCAGGUGGGGAGUUUCUCCAGAGAGACUUUUCCGAGACCUACGAGAUGUACCACGUCGAGAGCCUGCAGAAUAUGACCAAGCAGGAACUGGUGCAGGAGUACCUGGAGCUGGAGAAGUGCAUGUCCCGGCUGGAGGAGGAGAACAACCGGCUGAGGCGCGCCAUGGAGCCCGGGGGUCUGGCCGCGGAGAGCUCCCAGGUCCGGUUCAAAGAGAUGGAGCGAGAGGUGGAGAGACUGAGAGCCCAGAACACGGAGCUGAUUCUGCAGAGCCAGCUCAGCAACGACAGAGGUCAGGUCGCUACGAAUUAAAGGACUCGAGUCAAAGCCGAAAUCCAUUUGAAUAAGGUAAAAAAAAAAAGAAAAAAAAAUACAAAGCAAGACGUGGGACUACUGCAUUUUUUUUAAAUUAAAAAUUUGUCAUCCGUUUUCUGUAAACGAAAUUUGAAGUCCUUGCAUUGCGAUGCAACACUUUUCUUUUCUAUUCGGACUGUAAGCGUCCCUGUUGUAUUUCUUAGAUUUCAAUAAGAAAUGUACAUAUUUCAAAAGUAAGAUUCUUUUUUAUAAAGAGGGGGUAUUUAACAGCAGCAGAACGUUAAGUUUGUUUUAUCCGGUUCAACUUCAUAGACAUACAAUGUUCCAUUCUUAAUUUUGAAAACAAAGUACGUUGCAUUUUUUUCCCCCCUUUCAGAAAUUCAAAUUACAGCCAGUUCGUAAAUGCCGUUUUGCAGAAGUAAACUCCACAUUUUAACAGCUGUGUGUUCACAUUUGUUCAAAUAAAAUAAAUAAUAAUAAAAAAUCCAA